AUGUGGCAUGAUGUUCUGUUGGAGAAGUUAUUGGACCGGAUCACCGGCUCUACACGGCCACAGAGGAUAUUACGUGCAGUGCAGAAGAACUCCACUAGAGGGAGCCCGUGCAGCGUGGUCAACGCCAUUGACGACUACUGCAAGCAUAAAGAGUGGGCCAUGAACGUGGGGGAUGAGAAAGGGAUUAUAGUGGACGAUGUGGUGCUGGAGCUGAAGCCUAUCACUGUGUUGGAGCUGGGAACCUACUGCGCCUACUCCACUGUGCGCAUCGCCAACCUGCUGCCUCCUGAGGCCAAACUCAUCACACUAGAGUUUAAUGCGGAGAGCGCCGCAAUCGCCCGAGAAAUCAUCACUUGGGCUGGGCUUGAAGAAAAGAUCCAGCUCAUCAUAGGAGCCUCAGGUGACUGGAUCCCCAGGUUGAAGGAGGAGUUUGGGAUAGAAACCUUUGAUUUGGUUUUUCUGGACCAUUGGAAGGAUCGCUACCUCCCUGACACAAAAUUACUGGAGAAAUGUGGACUCCUCAAGCCGGGCGCUGUUCUGCUGGCGGACAACGUCAUCUGCCCCGGGACGCCUGAUUACCUGGACUAUGUUCGCAACAGCCCGCGGUAUAAAAGCAAAUUCUACAGAUCUCAUUUAGAGUACACCCAAGAGGAGGAUGGUCUGGAGCAUUCUGUGUUCUUAGGCCUGUAUGAUAAUCCCAAUCUGUGGCCAUUAGUGCGCCCAGAGAACCGUCCUACAAGAGUUAGGGAGAGAGAGACAUGGCUGGACGUGGGGCUGAGGAAUAGGUCAACGAUGGAUCAGUUCACGAUUGUUCGAUGGAGAAUGGGCAGGUGGCACAGGUAG